GCCCGGGCAACAAGCACGAAUCUUCGCUUUGCAGCCUCGUUUUCAAACGUUGGCAUCUAAACAGUUUCUGAAAAUAUACUACAAACAUGGCUUUGGAUUACUGAAAGCGUACACUGCUAUCGAUUGAACGUAAAAGGAAAUAUAAAUCGGAAGUAACAUGGCUGCAUUUUUCCUAAAUUAGAGACCUAAAUAAUCUUUUCACUGAUUUAUCGUGUGUUUGGUGCAAAAGUGAUGGUGUGCUGCGCUUUCUGAGGCCGUAGAAAAAUCUUUCAGCUGACGCGACUGACAAGAUUCGCCACGGAGAGAUGGGAAAUUAUGGGAUAUCACUGGAGGGGGCUUGAUGAAUUGCCACAAUGUUCGCUACAAGUCCGAGUGCUUUGAUGGGCUUCAUGAAAUCGAGCGGACAUUGUUGAAGGAAAAUUUCGUAGACACACCCAGAGGUCCGCUUUCGCCUUAGAAAUGAAGUUCUCCUCUUUUUCAAUUUACAGUAGCGUUUCUUCGUCUGAAGGAAAUGCUUUCUUACGGUUCAUAUGGCGGAUGGAGGGAGAGAUCUGAAAUCGCGUGUCGCCAGUGCUUGUACCGAAGGCAAACAAUGGCGAGUGUGGAAUUCUCACUGUUUCACAGGUUUUCAGCCAGAAAAUGUAUGGCUGUGGCCCUGGUGUGUACGUCUCACUAUUUCGACAGUCGAAUUUUGCAAUAUAGUGGCUUUGUUUCGAAAUAUUAGGACAAAAUUUGCAAAAAUUUUGCCUUCGAAGCGACCAAGAUGGCUGCUGUGGUCACGUGACUGAAGGCUUGCCUUAUGGUGACGUAGCUUGGGCCACGCGGAGACAAUCUAUUGUACCCCCUCUGGGGAAAAUGCUACCGUGGCGCGAGGCAAGCUAAAUCGUUCGAUUUUGUAGAAAGGUGCAAUGGAUAAUGCGACUCCAGCUAUAACGAACAACACAAGGAUGGAGAAACGGAUCGCUUUAGAGUGCGGCAAAAGAAAACCGGAUGAGAUUGUCGAGCUCAUCUUGGACAAUUGUUAUUCCACUAAUGUCGUCGGUCUAACAGAUGAAUUUGUCAACUUGGAGAGGCUGUCUUUGAUCAAAGUUGGGCUGACAAAUUUGAAAAAUUUUCCCAAUUUACCGAAUCUGACUCGGCUGGAACUUGGCGAAAACAGGAUAACAUCAGGCCUACAGUCUCUUCAGGGAUCACCGAAAUUAGCGCAUUUGAGCCUCAGUAAUAACAGAAUAAAAGAUCUCGAAACUUUAGAACCCUUGUCAAAACUACAAAAUUUAAAAAGUUUGGAUCUACUAAACUGCGAGGUAACGACGAUAGAGGGAUACAGAGCCGAAAUAUUUAAAAUGAUACCAUCCCUGAAAUAUCUCGACGGUUAUGACAGAUACGGCAAUGAAGCGGAGGACACAGAUUCCUCUGGAGAAGAGGACGGCGAGGAAGAUGAUGAAGGCGAUGAAGAUGAUGAAGGAGACGAAGAUGACGAUGAUGAAGAUGGCGAAGGGGAGGAUGACGACGAAGAUGAUGUAGAUGACGAAGAGGGAUCAAGUGGUGAUGAUGACGAUGAGGGCGUAGAAGGUGAAGAGGGUGAUGAAGAUGAAGAUGAGGAAGAUGAAGAGGAUGAAGGAGAAGAUGAGGAGGAACCUGGUCUAGAUUAUUUACAGAAAGAAAACUUAGAGGAUGAGGAAGAAGGGGAGGACUUCAACCCUGAUGAGGAAGAUGAAGAAGAAGAAGAGGAAGAGGAGGAAGAGGAAGAAGAGACAGGAGAACCCGACAGGAGAGGAGAAAAGAGAAAGAGAGAAGACGACGAAGAUGAUGAUGACGACGACUGACAAAAACUCCCAUAGCAAGCGUGGAGCUACCUACCCCAGAUUGGAAGUGCUCUUUUUGUAUAGAGUUGUCAAUGGUGUUCAAGAGGUCCUUAUUAUGAGCCUUCACAAGUGCCCUUUUAUAGGCCUCCCACUAGAAGGGGCCCAUGGCUAGCAGGUGGCAUGUUCCUUGAUUCCUGGAGUUGUGACUGAGUCGUUUCUUAUUUAGUAGUCAGUGCUAGCUUGUUAAAGUGGUCCCACGAUUGUAGUAACUUAAUUUUUGUAUUUACUCCUGGAGUCAACCGACUCUUACCUGUUAGAAAUCAAAAUAU